GCUAGCGCUUUAUGCUUUAUGGUUGACUGUGCUGCGGGUGUUAGUGCUGUGUGACUGAGCCAGAGUCAGUGCUGUUAUCUGCGGCCUGGAACCCAACAUGCGAGCCUUUCUGGGUGUGUUUGUUUGCUCUGUGGCGGUCCUCUCCGUCCACGCACUCUACUCUGCCAGCGACAAUGUGAUUGAGCUCAAUCCUUCAAACUUCAACAGGGAAGUUCUGCAGAGUGACAGUUUGUGGCUGGUGGAGUUUUACGCCCCCUGGUGUGGUCACUGCAAGAGCCUGGUCCCAGAAUGGAAGAAAGCAGCCACCGCUUUAAAGGGUGUGGUGAAAGUGGGUGCCGUUGAUGCAGACCAACACAAAUCCCUGGGAGGUCAAUAUGGAGUUCGUGGUUUCCCCACCAUCAAGGUCUUUGGUGCUAACAAGCAUAAGCCGGAGGAUUACCAAGGUGGACGCAGCAGUCAGGCGAUUGUUGAGGCAGCUCUGAAUGCCGUGCAAUCUCUAGUGAAAGACAGACUGAGUGGAAAAUCUGGAGGUUCUGACUACAACAGACAGAAUUCUGGCGGAAGCAGUGGCGAUAAGAAAGAUGUGGUAGAGCUGACCGACGAUAACUUUGACCGCAUGGUUUUGGGCAGCGAUGACGUGUGGUUGGUGGAAUUCUUUGCCCCAUGGUGUGGACACUGUAAAAAUCUUGAGCCUGAAUGGACGGCUGCGGCUUCUCAAGUCAAAGAGCAGACCAAUGGUAGAGUGAAGCUGGGAGCUGUCGACGCGACCGUACAUCAGGUUCUGGCAAGCCGUUAUGGGAUCAGAGGAUUCCCUACUAUUAAGAUCUUUCGAAAAGGAGAGGAGCCCGAGGACUACCAGGGUGGACGCACACGCUCAGACAUUAUUGCCCGUGCCAUCGACCUUUACUCAGACAAUGCCCCUCCUCCAGAACUACUCGAGAUUCUGAGUGAGGAUGUUUUGAAGAAGACUUGUGAAGACAGUCAGCUUUGUGUCAUUGCCGUUUUGCCUCAUAUUCUAGAUACAGGUGCAGAAGGCAGAAAUGCUUAUCUGGAUGUCAUGACCAAGAUGGCUGAGAAGUACAAGAAGAAGAUGUGGGGCUGGCUGUGGACCGAAUCUGGAGCUCAGAUGGAACUUGAGGCCUCUUUGGGGAUUGGUGGUUUCGGCUACCCAGCCAUGGCAGCCAUUAAUGCUCGCAAGAUGAAGUUUGCUCUUCUUAAAGGCUCAUUCAGUGAGACAGGAAUUCAUGAGUUCUUAAGGGACCUUUCUGUUGGGCGAGGUUCCACUGCCACAAUAUCAGGAGGGGCUUUACCUAAGAUCCACACUGUUGAAGCUUGGGAUGGGAAGGAUGGAGUCCUUCCUGUGGAGGAUGACAUUGACCUGAGUGAUGUGGAUCUGGAUGACUUGGAGAGGGAUGAAUUAUGAGAGCUUAGGCUGUGCGAGGCUUGUCCAGUUUGAGCCUGUCUAUGCGCCUCCUCUCCCAUGGAUGAGGGGAAAACUGGGACUUUGUUACUGAGCACUCUUGAAACAAAGACAUGUCUCACUUUUAAUUCUCUUCAAUCGUUUUGACGAGGCGGGAUCGGGAUUUAAAUCGUGGUUGCUUUAGCUUUGUCUCACAGGCCUCUUUUUUUUUUUGAUUGGCUGACUGUUGUGCCAAUAUCGCUAUUAAACAGGAUUGUCAUUUCACGCUUUCCUGUCCGGUUGUACACAUUACAUAUAGGUUUGUUUUCUUUGUUCCAAUAAAAUCCUACCCAGCCCCGUGGUGUGUCCAGUGGUGUCCAUUCCUCAGUGAACAAUGAGUAAAACAGGAUAAAGUCUUCGUAAUUAAUGGGGCGAGUAACUGAGACAGGACGUUCACUGAGGACAGGAAACCACUCUAAGUGACCGGAUGCAGUCAAAACAGCUUUAUAUUCUUUGUCCUGGAUUUAUCCUGCUGUUUCCCUCUUCCAUGUGACGUUCCUUUUUAAGUCAAUGUCCCUUCCUCUGUAUUUGUGCUGGGUAGGGAGCAAAAUGGGAACUGUGUAGAUUUUUCUUACACAAGUGUGUUUAAUGUUUUUGUUAUGAAAAUAAAAAAUACACUGAA